GAGUUCAGAACUGUAAUGUGACACCUCUUCAUAUAAAUGAUGUCAAUGUCGAGACGUAAAUAAGUCUUCGCCCGACAGUGCGCGCGCCGCUUUCACGAGCUCUGCACGAUGAUGGAGAAUAUCAUCAUCACCCGCACACAUACCCUCACACACACUUCCAGAGAGAGAGAGACGGCGGAAGAGCUCUGCUAGACUGUGUGGAUAGCAAACGGAAGCUUCUUAAGCCUUAGGAUUUUCCAAACUGCGUUUGUUGUUGAUUACAUUCCCCUCUGAAGGACCCCUAAAGCGGCGCGGCGCAGGAAACAGCGGCUGGCGCGUGUUUUAUAUCUGCAGCGCGAGGUUUGUCUGUUGGCAGGCGGCUGUGGAGAUGCUCCUGUAACUGGAUUCAUCUGGAAAACGCUCAAACCGCGAGGAGAGCUGCUUAAGUGACAGGCUCUCUUUUUCAGCCUGCCUCUUCGUUUUUCUUUUCGCUCCGCUCAGCUCUAUCUCCCUCUCUUCUCUUCUCUUCUCUCGCGACCCUCUCUCAUCUUCUUCCCACAGCAGAAGUGUUUCUGUCGCACGCAGACCAUCGCGAUGGUUGAUAAAGGCACAAGGGUUUUCAAGAAGGCAAGUCCAAAUGGGAAGUUAACUGUGUACCUUGGUAAGAGGGAUUUCGUCGACCACGUGGAUCUUGUGGAGCCUGUCGAUGGUGUGGUUUUAAUUGAUCCAGAGUACUUAAAAGAGAGAAAGGUUUUUGUGACACUGACGUGUGCCUUCCGCUAUGGAAGGGAGGACUUGGACGUUCUUGGCUUGACGUUUCGUAAAGACCUCUUCGUGGCCAACAUCCAGGCAUUUCCCCCUGUGCCUGAAGAGAAAAAGAGCCUGACACGUCUACAAGAGCGACUGAUAAAGAAACUCGGAGAACAUGCUUACCCCUUCACCUUCGAGAUUCCGCCGAAUUUACCCUGUUCUGUCACGUUACAACCAGGGCCAGAGGAUACAGGAAAGGCCUGCGGGGUUGACUUUGAAGUGAAAGCUUUCUGUGCAGAAAAUGUUGAAGAAAAAAUCCACAAAAGGAAUUCAGUGCGUCUUGUCAUCAGGAAAGUGCAGUAUGCUCCAGAGAAGCCGGGCCCACAGCCGAUGGCUGAAACCACAAGACAGUUUCUCAUGUCAGAUAAACCUUUACACCUGGAGGCCUCACUUGACAAAGAGAUUUACUAUCAUGGUGAACCAAUCAGUGUCAACGUCCAUGUCACAAACAACACAAACAAGACAGUAAAAAAAAUCAAGAUUUCAGUGCGACAAUAUGCUGACAUCUGCCUCUUCAACACUGCCCAGUACAAGUGUCCCGUGGCCACAGAGGAAACGGAUGAUAUCGUGGCCCCCAGUGCGACAUUUUGUAAAGUAUACACUCUCACACCUUUCCUCGCGAAUAACCGAGAGAAACGUGGCUUGGCUCUGGAUGGCAAACUCAAACACGAAGACACAAAUUUAGCCUCAAGUACCUUGUUAAGAGAGGGGGCCAAUAAGGAAAUUCUGGGCAUCAUUGUUUCUUAUAAGGUGAAAGUGAAGCUGGUGGUGUCUCGUGGAGGGCUGCUUGGAGAUCUUGCCUCAAGUGAUGUUGCUGUUGAGCUCCCAUUUACAUUAAUGCAUCCCAAACCAUUGGAGGAAUCGAUUUACAGAGAUGCUUCAGAAAAUGAUGCCCCCAUUGACACAAACCUCAUUGAAUUUGACACAAAUGACGAUGACAUCAUCUUUGAGGACUUUGCUCGACAACGACUGAUUGGGGCAAAAGAUGACAAAGAUGAAGACGAGGAGGGUGCCGAUUCGCCCAAACUGAAUGACAGAUAGAUAUGCAGAUUCCUGCAGAGUUUCCUGUGUUGUGAUGAUACAAGAGACCUUUUUGAGAUAACCUGGAAAAAUGGGACACCCUUUAACACACUCACAGUGGUGCAGUUUUUGUGUUCUUGUUCACAUUUGUCUCUUCCAUCCUGCAAGGGUGUACAGUAAAAACUUAAGUGUAGAAAAUGUGAACUUGUCGUUGAAGCGAUUAGAAGGUGAGAUUUUAGUUGAAAGGUCGGCCGCUGAGUGCCUCGGAUAUUUGAGGCUCAUUUAAGGUUGAGGCAAUGGCUUCUCAUCAUAGCUAAAUCAAACGUCAGUGGUAGCAUGCCUUUGUUGUUGCUUUGUUUUAUAGAUUCUUCCUUUGAUUAGAACAGAGGAAGAAUUUAAGGACCGUGGCUUAGUAUUGAACCAUAUUUAAUGUAUGGAAUUAGUUAUUUUAAUGACUGUAAAAGGAACUGGAUUUAAUAUGUUUAUUAUAAAAGCUGCCAAAUUGAAUCAUCUUUGUAAUGUCUCAUGUCUCAACUGAGAGCUUUUGAAUCAGUCAUUGCAUUGCAGUGCAGAGUCAUUGAAAGUUUUCUUUCUUUCCACUUUUUGAAAGAAAUGAUAUCUCAAAGUUAUCUUACCUAACAAAAGUUCUGAAUACACUACUGAUAAAAAGACUAUAUGACACAAUGCAACAACGACUUUUUUUCUCUCAACAAUCUUCAACUAUGUCUAAAAGUGGAUUUAUAUGAAAUGAUUUAAUUAUAAACAAUGUCUAUAUAUAGGGGACUAUAUAUUGCUAUAUGAUAUUUUUACAUAAGAGAAGCUUCAAAACACCUGUGAAUAGUCUACAAACUACAAACAUUCUAGUUACACUAUCCUGAAUAAAGUAUAUGUAUGCUUAAAUCUGUCUCUUCUGUGGAACAGAAAAGAACUUUUCAAGAAUGUACUGAUAUUUUCCCAUUACAAUCACAAUUAAUUGAGAGCUUUCAAGAUUCAGUAAGGAUUUAAAAGCUCCAGGGUAUCAUGAAAAAUCCCUUUAUCUUGUGCCAUGUGCACACUGCAUGAAAUGUUCUGAAUUAAAAGGGCUUGUGUGAUUAAGAAAUCAACAUUUAAGUUGUUAUUCAUUAAUAAUCUGUCCAGUACCCUGGAACUUUAUUUAAUAAUUAAAUAUUCGAUUUUGUGAAUAAGAUCAGAUGAUUCAAUGAAAAGAUCAGACUCAAAAGAACAACUUGUUGAAUUGAGAAUCAGUUUAACUGUUUCUCUAACAGUUCAAGCUCAACUGUUUACUUCUGUCCUCUUUUUAAAGCUGCUUUACGGCAGAAUUUUGUUUGCAUUAUCGAAAAACUAUUUUAUGGAGCCCCACACAUGGCAUACAGGAAAAAAAAUAUUAGGCUAAAUGAUGUGCACGAUCUACUAUUUCAUUCCCACUAUUUAUAAAUUGAGCACAAUAUUUAAUAAUUAUUUCCCUUGAUUUGCUAAAUUGUGCACACGAUUUAUAAAUCGUGAUUACGAAUUAGUAAAUUGUGCACAUGAUUUAGCUAAUCAAGGAAACAAAUUAGCAAACAGAGGAAACAAAAUAGUAAUCAUCUGCACGUUUUAGUACAUCGAGGGAACAAAUUAGUAAAUCGUGCACACAGUUUAUUUAUUUUUUCUUGCAUGUCAUGUGCGGGGCUCCAUACUAUUUUCCUGUUUAGCACUGUAAAGCUGCUUCAACACAGUAUGAAUUGUAUAAAGUGCUAUAUGAAUAAAUAUGACUUGACUUCAGCACACUGACUCAAAAUGAACCCUUUUAUGAUCAUUUCUAGAUGUUUUUCUCCAUAUGGUCAUUUUUAAAGCUUGAAAGCUCCAGUCCGGCACAUUCUUUCAAUUUCUUUUGAGUUCCAUGAAAGAAAUUAAGUCGUGCAGGUUAAGAAACAAAAUAACAAAAUAAUAAAUAACAGAACAAAUGAUGACAGAAUUUAGAUUUUUGGGCAAACUAUUAAUUUAGAGGAGUUUGGACAAGAACAAAAUUGUCCAUAAAAUAUUUAGUCACAUCCAGUAAUUCUCUGAACUGGAGAGCUACCAAAACUAAAAUACACUUCAUUGGAAAUGUAGCUGUUUAUACAUUGCAAAGAUUAUGUGCUUUCUAUAUGAAUGAGGCCUUGACUUACUGCAUGAAACAUCAACAAUUUCUAUGUUUUGUGAAUGAAACAUUUUGUAAAAAAAAGAAAGAAGAAAAAACAAACAAAAACAAAAGAAUGAUUACAUGAAAAUUUAUUGUUCAGUGAACUGAUAUAGCCUAAUAUAAUUUUCAUGUCUUUGAUAACCACAAUUAUAAAAUAAAUAACUUGUCUAUUGUCCUAAGGCAAGAUGUGUCAAUGAUACUGUUGAUUAACUGU